UUUUUACUCUGUUUCUUUCUUUUUGAUAACAUUUUAUGGUAGUUUUGAAGUCUUUAAUAUUGUUAUUGCAAUUUUGAGUUACCCAUUUUGUGGGUUUUGUUGAUGCUGUUGUAUUUUAGAAUUUACUGCUUUGGGUUAUAUGGAUAGAUCCGUAAAGUCAAAUUAAAAAUGCACUUCUUGGGAAAAUGGAAUUUAGUAUCUGAGAAUUUGUAGUUAAUAUAGAGCUUGCAGAAUAUUUAAGUGGUGAUUUUUGUAAGAUUUGGCCAUUUGGUUUUUCGGGUCAUUUUCUGGAAAAAGGUUAAUAUUUAAAUUUGUUGGUCAUUUUCUGAUUCUAUAACAGUCUGCAGAAGAUUGAAUGGUGAUAGGCAGAAGGCUGCUUUUUGUAUUUCUCUAUAUUUCUGGUACUUGGUGUGAAAAAGUAAAAUUUUGGAUUACAUAAUUGGAUGGCCUUCUACUUUCACUGAAACAUUUCAAAGGUUAAAUAUUUACUGAAUUUAUAAGGCACUAUGUGGUUUAUCGUGGGAUGGAUGCAAGUUCCUGAUAGGAUUUUAAAAUCUAUGCUCAUAAAAAGAACAGUAGCCAAAAAAGCUUUAUGGAAUUUGCUUCUUCAAGUAUCUAAGGAUAUGCAUUUUUUUUUUAACUUAUAAGCAUUGCUUUAAACUUUUUGUGAAAGGUGACUUUGUAAAUAAAUGAAAUGGAAAUCUGAAUCACGUCGUCUACAGCUUAGGCUUAGAAUUGAAGAUUAUAUUAUGCACGUGUUUGAAGAUUAUAUUAUGGCGCUCAAAACGUCAAAUGCUAAUGAUGGACCUGGAAAUUUUUUGCGAAGAAGCACUGACAAGCUUAACUUCACCAAAUCUGAAGAGAUUCUGAUAUGAUCUUGAAGAAAGAAAUAGGAUAUUUACAUGUGGCAGUUUCAAGAGGUCUCAAUGGGAUUGGACUUGCCAUAGUCAUACCUGCAAUUCAGUCCCUUGUCGCUGAUUCAACUAAAGAAGGCAAUCGUGGUACGGCAUUUGGAUGGCUGCAGCUAACAGGAAAUAUUGGCUCCAUUGUUGGAGGGCUUUGUUCUGUACUGAUAGCUACAACAUCAUUUAUGGGAAUACCUGGUUGGAGAAUUGCUUUCCAUUUAGUUGGAAUAAUAAGCGUGGUAGUUGGUAUUUUGAUACGCCUCUUUGCCAAUGACCCGCGCUUCUCCGAGACUGAUAAAAUUUCUAAAGAUGAAACUUUUAAGUCUUAUAUUUCAGAAUUUAAUGAUCUGAUCAAAGAAGCAAAGCUGGUUAUGAAAAUACCAUCUUUCCAGAUACUUGUAGCUCAAGGUGUCUUUGGAUCAUUCCCUUGGUCAGCUUUAUCAUUUACUCCUAUGUGGCUAGAACUUAUUGGCUUCUCCCAUGAAAAAACUGCAUUCCUUAUGACUCUUUUUACAAUUGGCGGUUGUCUUGGUUCUUUAUUUGGAGGUAUUAUGGGAGAUAUCCUUGCUAACCACUACCCUAAUUCUGGGAGAAUUAUCCUGUCACAGAUAAGCGCCGGGUCAACCAUUCCCUUAGCAGCAGUUUUGCUUCUGGUAUUGCCUUAUGAUCCAUCCACCAGCUUCAUACAUGGUUUGGUCUUGUUCAUAAUGGGUUUCUGCACAUCUUGGAAUGCUCCUGCUACAAACAAUCCAAUCUUCGCAGAGAUAGUUCCAGAUAAAUCUCGAACCAGCAUAUAUGCUUUGGAUAGUUCAUUCGAGUCCGUUCUAGCUUCAUUUGCUCCUCCUUUAGUUGGGAUUUUGGCUCAGCACAUUUAUGGUUAUAAAAUUCCAAAAGCAUCAUUAGACACUGUCAAAGUUGAAACAGAUAGAGAAAAUGCUGCAUCACUCGCCAAGGCACUACAAACUGCAAUUAGCAUUCCAAUGGCAGUUUGUUCCUUCACUUAUUCCUUUCUGUACUGCACUUACCCAAGAGACCGAGAUCGAGCAAAGAUGAAUGCUUUGAUAGAUUCAGAACUGCAGCAACUGGAGGCAGUUAUAUCUGGUUCAGGACAAAUGUACUCACAACUAGAUGAUUCAAAAUCACAAGCCUUUAAUGGAGUGAAAAGAAGUGAGAUUGAAUUAGAGUUUGAGAAGGAUGAGAUUAUUGAUGUAGAUGAUAACGAUAAGAAGGCUCUACUUUCUCAUCAACAAACCUUCUCAAUUUUAGGAAACAGAUAAACUUGUCAUGCAGAACUAUCCCUCUCAUAUGAAUGUUUACAAUGAAGGAUGCUUGCAUUGACAUAAAACCUUUUUUUUUUUUUUUAACUCUAAAUCUGAGGGCUACAUAUUUUCAGACAUGAGUAAAUCCACUUGUUUUGAAUUUUUUUGAGUAUCUCACUUUUUUAGAUAUUAGAUUAAUCUUGUUUGAGGAUUGUGGGUACCUCUACUCAGAAAUAUUUUUUCUAUAAACAUAUUUUUUGAACUC